AUGGAAGUCGUUCUUGAGCCUGUCGUCUCCGAACUCGUUAAGGGGUUGUUUAAGAUAUUGGGGUCCAAUGAAGUGCGGGACUUUGCCCGGCAACUUGUUGGAGGGGUAGAUUCAGAGAUCAAAGAGCUGGAGAACAAGUUAAAGAUGGUUGAAAACCUUCUUCGCAAUGCAGAAAACUGGCAGCUGAUGGAUAAACGAGUCAAAGAGUGGCUUGACAAUCUUCAACAUUGGGCUUAUGAUGCAGAGGACUUACUGGAUGAGUUUGCCUACGAAGCUUUGCGACACAAACGCAAGGCAGAACACCAGGCUAGCUCCAGCAGACGAUUUAUCUGUCUCCCUGCUUCUUUCUCUAGUCCUUCGUUCGCUGUCCAGAUGGGGUCCAAGAUCAAAAAAAUCAAUAGUCGGUUGGAAGAACUUCGCCAACAAAGAUCAGCUGAACAUGAAUUUCAAAAGCUUUCGGAACUGCCAGCAACUAACGUCGCUGCACCGCCAAAACCAGAGGAAACUUCUAGCGUCCCACUCGGACAAGUUUAUGGCAGAAACGAAGAUGAAGUCGAAUUACUGAAAAUGGUGAAAAGUGGUGCCAACUUUCAACUAAUAGCAGUUGUCGGCGUGGGAGGGAUCGGCAAAACAACAAUUGCUCGAGAAGUGUACAAUCACAAGGAGUUGGAAGAUAUCAAGUUUGAGAAAAAAGCUUGGGUGUGUGUUUCAACCACCUUUGACGUUCUCACAAUCUCAAAGAAACUUCUUCAGCAAUUCUCAUCCUCCGUUCCAGAUAAUUUAAAUGAUGUCCAAGUUCAGCUGAAAGAGGCAGUAAGUGGAAAAAAAUUCUUGAUAGCAUUAGACGAUAUAUGGAAGGUGGAGUAUAUCGAAUGGGAAAAGCUUAAGUCUCCUUUUGCAGCUGGUGCUCUUGGAAGCACGAUGAUCGUGACAACACGCCAUACAGAUGUUGCACAAACAAUAAGAUGCUCUCAUACUUAUCAAUUGAAGCUCUUAUCCGACGAAGCUUGUAAAUCCUUGUUUCAGGAGCAUGCGUUUGGGACUGGUGCAGUUGCUAAUGCUGAUCAAAUUUCCAUUUCAAUUUAUGAAAGAGUUGUUAAAAGGUGCAAAGGCCUACCACUGGCAGCAAAGACCCUUGGUUGUCUUCUACACUCUAAGCCGAGCAAUGCUUGGGAAGAAAUAUUAGAAAGCAAAAUAUGGAGUGCAUUUGAUGAAAGUGAUCACAUUCUCCCAGCAUUAAAGCUAAGCUAUCAUUAUCUUCCUUCAAAUCUAAAAAGAUGUUUCGGCUAUUGUGCAAUAUUUCCUCAGGAUUACGAAUUUGAGGAGAAGGAACUUGCACUUUUAUGGAUUGCGGAAGGUAUUGUUCAACCAUCAAAUAAGCAACUGGAUGAGGCAGUUUUUAAAGGAAUCAAUUUUAGAUAUGAGAAAAAUAUUGUUGAACUAUCAGAAAAUUUGGAAAAGUUACCUUCCAACAUGAGAUAUUUGACCAAUCUAUGUCAUCUUGAUAUAAGCGGCCGAAAUUCAUUAAGAGAGAUGCCAUAUGAAAUGAAAGAGUUGAAAAAUCUUCAAAUAUUGUCAAAUUUUGUUGUGGGCAAGGACACGGGUUCUAAUUUGGAAGAUUUGAAGAGCUUAAGUUUUCUUCAAGGAGAGCUUCACAUUUCAAAAUUAAAGAAUGUGAUAGAUCCAAAUCAAAUACAAGGGCAAAUACUAAGUAGUAAGAACAACCUAAAAGUGUUGUUACUAGAAUGGGGAUAUGAAGAAAACUCAAUGAAAGCAAAUGUAGAAAUGAACCUACUUGACAAGCUAAAACCUCCUAGCAAUUUAAAAGAACUCACAAUCAGAGGCUAUGGUGGUGAAAGUUUUCCAUCUUGGUUAGGAGAUUGGUCAUGGCUCUCUAAUUUGGUGGUUCUUAAAUUAGAAGAAUGCAAGAGGUGCACGUCUUUGCUUUCACUUAAAAUGUUGAUCUCACUUGAAGACUUAACCAUUAAAAAGGUGGCACGUCUAAAAAGAAUAGAUUUUCGAACACCUUUCAAGUCAUUAGAAAUUCUUCAUUUUGAGGAUUUGGAAGAGUGGGAGCAUUGGGAAUGCUGGAGAGGAAAUGAAAUUUUCCCUAAGUUGCAUUUGCUUUCUAUUAAAAAAUGUCCCCAACUUACUAGAAAAGUACCUGAUCAUCUUUCUUUAUUGAAAAGAUUUGUCAUUAAGGAUUGUCCAAAGUUGGUGGUCUCAUUCUCAAAUUAUCCAAUACAUUGCAAAUUAGAAAUCUAUUAUUGUGAAGGAAUGGUAUGUAAUGAUGGUUCGAUUGAUUUUAAGUUGUUGAGUUCUAAAUAUCUUGCAAAUAUUCCGAUGGUUGAAGAUAAAUUAAAGAAAGGUUCUCAAAGAGUAGAUCGUUUGACGAUUAAUGAUAAUGAGGAGAUUAUGGAAUCAUGGCGAAGUUUGGAAAACAUCAAUUUUCUUUCUAAUAUAAAUUCUCUUGUGAUUAGUAGGUGUCAUAAUCUAAGAUCUAUUGAAAGGGGCAUGCUACCUUCAUCUCUAAAAGAAUUUGAGAUUAAUUUCUGUGAGAGUCUAACAUUUGUUGGUAGCGAUGUCUUACCUUUAUCUCUAAAAAAGCUUAGGAUUGAAUAUUGUGGAGAAUUCAAAAUUUUGAAGGAUUUAAGUGUUGCUCUUCUCCAAGACUUGAGGAUUGUUUCGUGUAAAUCUCUCAAGUGCAUAUCAUUAGAUGGUCUGUUGCCUGAAACACUCAACCAACUAGAAGUUUUGAAUUGCAGUGCAUUGGAAACAUUAUCAUCUCGUAGAAAUGAGUACCUCCCUAAGGCACUUACAUCCAUCUUUAUUAUUGUUUGUGAAGAGCUAAAGUCAAUUGUUGAGUCCUUUGAUAAUAGCACGUGA